AAUCGCGGGAAGUAACAGGCCAAGAGCCAUAUUCGAUAUCAAUUCAAGGAAUGGAGCUCUCUGUAUUUCUAUUAAUUAUUUACCUGGUGAUAGUGAAGUCUGGAGAGGUGGCAGCCGACAGAGGCAAUAUUCACAAUACAACUCCAAGACCUUGCUGUUUUCCUUAUAAGUUUCAAGCUGUGGUCACUCAACUGACCAGUUUCAGUGUCCAGAAUAAGGUUGUGACUCGCCUCUACAGGGACUGGGACUCCAAAAUUCAAGUCCAGGAACAAGCCACAUUUACAGUGAAUAACAUACAGAGUACAGGCUUUAAAACAAUAAUGGAUUACAAGCAUGGGAAACUGUAUACGGUUAAUGGUGAUGAGUGUAGACAAGCGCCACUGAACAGUGGAAUGUUAGAGCCUUGUAUGCCAGACAAUGCGGUGUAUCUCGGGACAUCCUACGUUGGUCAAGAAUCCAACUCGGCCAACUUCGACACCUGGUACUUUAAACGUAAUGAUUUCAACAGAAACCUUGAAAUGACCGUCUCAGUGACCAGCGACAGCUGUGUACCAAUAAUGGAACAUAUAGUCGGAACCAUAGGAGGGGGGGCUACAAAUAAUCUCGUCUUCUUCACUAACGUCACUAGUGUGACUGACGUCUCUGUCUUCAACCUCCCUAACACCUGUCUCAGCAACGUUCAGAUGUGAAACAGAACUAGUGAAGAUGUCAAGACUGCGUUGGCGUGCAUUGACCAAGGGAAGCAACUCGCAGAUUUACUUGAAAUAAAAGUGAUAUAACUUA